AUUCAAUUGUGUCUCCCCAGUUCAUGAUAAGUAUGUCGUUCUCAACGUCCAGUACAAGAUUAGACUCAACUCCUGUUGUUGUCAUCCCGCAUGAAGAUGAAUCUUCGGGGGCAGAUAAUGGGGACUCGGAGAAUAUGAGAGGAGCGGCCGCGUGGAACGAAAGGAUGCCAGCAUCGCCUGCAGAUGACCUUAGCGGUGGCGCCGAGCUUCGAUUCUGUGCAUAUUUAGAUAUUUGGCAUCGGUGCUCGGCCAGGAUACAAACACUCAUGAGACAAGCGCACACCAAAGUCGUUGAAUCAGUGAUGCGGAAGGUCGAAGAAACGUAUAAACCGAUCAAAUUCUCUCUCCCUUAUCCCCAAAUCCCGAUCAUGCUAUUAGUUGGCGACUCCAACUCAGCAGACUUAGUCUUCGAUUCUGUUGUUCGUCAGUUCCAGGAGUCGGAGGUCCUAGAAGACGCAGUACGCGACUCAGAUACACCCUCUACAGCUGAGCAGCUUCCUAUUGCCAGGCUAUCAUCAAAAGAUUUUGUUAACCUGCCUUCCGCGCUCCGAGCACUGAUCAGUGGAUUCGUUGCCGCCCAGGCCACCGUGACCAAAAAACGACCGAACGGGACAACGCUUGCAAACACAGAUAUCGAGGUACUUGGAGCCUGGUACAACAGCCUUGAGCUCGACUAUCUACCCGAGGAUAAGCGAAGAUUGGUGGUGUACAUCCCAAAUGUGGAAUCGUGCAAUUCGAGUGUUUUGCAAGACUUCUUUCAUAUCUGUUCCUCUCGCAUCCCUCGCCUCCCUUUGGUAUUCAUUCUGACCACAUCCACCUCUUCUCAGAUCAUGCGGUCCCUCGUCACCCUUGAAGUUCUGAGCUCGAUGGAGAUCCACGAUUUCCAGUUGGAAGGAGGUCGCAGGCUAUUCGAUGAAUUGAUCCUGGGGCUAUUUUUGCUCCCAAAAUUCGACCCUGGUUUCCAACUCACGUCCAGCCUCAUUGAACAUCUUUAUGACAGCUUCGCAUAUCAGGAGCACUCCAUUGAUUCAUUUUGCACUGCAUUUCAGAUGAUCCUUGCAAAACACUUCUCCUCUCCCACCUCCGUGUUUCUCGUCCCUGACCUUGCGCCCUUUGUUCUCGAACGAAUGAAGCUACCCGAAUCAGCUUUGUUUCGUGAAAAGAUCCAUGGGAUGGUUCGACAUGCAAUUAAUCAGUAUCCACUCGCGGAAGCCACAGUCCAAAUUCUCAAACGAAUGAAGACUUCUAGAGACUCACAUGGCCCUAUGAAUUCAUUACAAGAUGAUUGGGUGCUGGAAUACAUUUCCUUGGCCAGGGAUGCUUUCCAAUGCCGAAUGAACAGAUGGAAAUUUUCCAUACGAGUCCUUCGGAUACUGCUCCGUGCGGCUGGUGUCAGGUUAGCCAAAAUCCCGGCGCCAGACGUCAUACGAGCGGUAAUGCAAGGGACCGUUUUCACGAACGAGGUCUCACAUAUUCAACAUCGUAUGAAAAGAGCUACACUGGAUUGGCUCGAAAAAAUCAAGUCACGAUUGACAUCGGUGUGCAGAAAGGUCGACCACCCGGCGCACCUUGGCGAGCUACAUACCAUUGCCCAGAAUUGGGACAGGUGGUUCAAUGAGACCGUUGCCAUUAUGUCUGCAAACCAAUCAGCCAAGCAGGUGCCAGAUACGCCUUUUCAGUUUUCUAAUCUGCUUGUAGUACCUCCUGAGGUCUCAACUCUUUCGCUUAAGAUGGCAACAUCGAUUGAGCAUUAUUUCCGAAACCAAUUUCAUCCACUCACUGAUGUACCCCUACACCAGCUGUGGCAUGUAGAGUCGGAUCUUUCACCUAUGGAGUACCUCAACCCAUCUAUUCAACAGAGCCUCGUUAGGACAUUGGCGCCAACCAAUGCCAGCAAUGAUUUGUUCGAAGUCACGCCCGCCGUGAUAUCUCUUGCAAACUUAGCCUAUCGGGACCAACCCGACACCUCAGUGAUAUUCAGACGUUAUCUCGAGAGCGGCAAGAUGGUCAAUAUAUAUGAUUGGUUCGAGAGUUACGUUCAGGCGAUGGAAGGGGAACCACGGCCAAAGGAAGGGAAAGACGAUGUCCAUACUAACGAUGGGUUAGGCGAUAGCGCGAUGCAUGAGGCGACACACCGAAGUGUGGCGGGGCUCGAUGAAUCCGCGUCAAGGAAGGAAGGAACAGACAAUGUCACACCCACUGAUGCCCUCUCCCAGGGAAGCCCACAGUGGAAACGAGAAUUACAAGCUCGCUUCCUUCAUUCGCUUCAUGAAUUGGACCUCCUAGGGCUGGUCAAGGCAACAGGAAGGAAACGGGACCACCUCGCAAGGACUCUUUUUGCCCCGCCUAGAUAGAGCAGCACCUAUUCCUGCUUCGGUCGUCACCAGUGACGCUCGAUUGUGGGCUGAAAUUCGGUCCUAAACAAGCCUUAUGUUUCCAAAUCAAACUUCCACGCCAGAUGAGGAGCAGAUCAUUCCACCCGCCCAUCUCGGCUCCAAUUGUUACAAUGCGCAGUUUGUAAGAACGUAUCAAAUAUCAUACCACACAUAUUAGUCUGUAUAUAUACUUUUGGAUGACGACGUACAGCAUAGAACUUUCACCAUAAUACAAUACAUCAGCUCAUCGAUUGGGCACUUGUUUUAGCAUCUAAGAAUAGCU